AUGUGUGGUAUCUUUGUUAGCAUUCGUCGAGAGGCCAGAGGAUAUCAGCCUGACGUCCUCGACGCCGCAUCCUUUGCGGCGCUAUCUGAAGACCUGCGAGAAGCCAACUCUUAUCGAGGUCCUGAUUACCAGCAGACUCUAUCUAUUGAAGUGCCAACUCGACGGAUAGACAAAUCCGACGAAUCCGAGGCCGAAAGCCUUUCUCCUCCAGGUCAUGUACGGGCGGAUUUCUAUGGUUCGGAGUUGCGCCUCCGAGGGAAUUGCGAUGUGCAGCAACCGCAUCAGAGAGAUGGAAACAUGCUUUGUUGGAAUGGAGAAGUCACUCCCGAGGACAACGAUGGCGUGAAUCUCAUGCAAGAAUUGUCAAUUCUGGAGACACCUGAAGAGAUACGAGACCUGUUUGGACGGAUAGAGGGCCCAAAGGACAAGCAGGAUAAAUUAAACAAAUUGACCAAGGCAGCGACCCAUCGACUAUAUUUCGCUAGAGACCCACUGGGGCGCAGAUCGCUCCUGAUUCAUAAGCCUACCCGCAAGCUCCCUGUCCUAUUGGUUUCCUCUGUUUCGUCAGGGACAUCACCCCUGUUGGAGUUCGAGGAAGUGACGACGGAGGCGAUAUUCUGCGUUGACUUGACCUCUCUAGAGGAUGAGUGGGCCUGGGAGAACUUUGACGACUCCAUCAUCAAGCUUUCCAGACAAAAUGACACAGAGUCUCUACCUUAUGUAUGCACUUCUUCUUACUGGUUACACGUGGUGCUGACCCCCGACAAGGCCUACCCCGCCAAAGUGAACGCUACGCUACCCCCGGAUGACUACCCUGUGUACGACUCCCUCGACAUUAUUCCCGUCCACUUGGUGGAUACUGUGAACGAACUUUUGGAAAUAUUGGACCGAAGCGUAGCCCUCCGUGUCAAGGACAUACCCCACAAUUCUGAACCAAAUUCUGCGAGACUAGCCAUCCUUUUCAGCGGUGGCAUCGAUUCGACUAUAUUGACCUUCCUAGCCCAUCGACAUAUCCCAAUCGAGGAGCCGAUCGAUCUUCUGAACGUCGCCUUUGAAAAUCCUCGUAAGAUCCGGAUAGCUCAAGAGGGCAACUUGGGUGGACUCCCCAAGCGACAGAAGAAGAAAUUGGAGGACUGGCAAGCGAAACAGAACGCACCAGUAGAGGGGAAAGCUUCAUAUAAUGUCCCGGAUCGUAAGACAGGGCUGCAGGAGUUGGAAGAAUUGCGAAGACUGUGUCCAGGCCGGAAAUGGAAUUUUCUAGAAAUCAAUAUUCCUUACGAGGAAUCUCAAAACGCAAAGGACAAGAUUCUCAACUUGAUGCUGCCAUCGAGGACAGUCAUGGACUUGGUAGAGUUUCAAUGUCGCGAUUCAAUCCAUCGACUGAUUGUUAUUCAGUCACUUGCCCUCGCUCUCUAUUUUGCAUCAAGAGGAGUCGGUGAUGUUCGGGAUACUCCAUCUUCAUCAGCGCUGCCCUACACAAGUCCAGCUAGAGUCGUUUUGAGUGGUCUAGGCUCGGAUGAGUUACUUGGGGGAUAUGGACGACAUCGCACCGCAUAUAAUGCUGCUGGGUGGCAAGGGGUGAUAGACGAACUGCAACUAGAAAUAGACCGCAUCCCGCAGCGCAACCUCGGCAGGGAUGAUCGAAUCAUCUCUUCACAUGGCAAGGAAACGCGACACCCAUUCCUCUCCCUAGAUGUUGUAUCAUUCCUGGCUGGGUUGCCGGUACAUUAUAAGCUGGACCCUAGAUUGGAGGUGGGGAAGGGGGAUAAAACACUGCUUCGUUUGCUUGCUAGGAAGUUAGGGCUGGUCGAGGCUAGUUCGAGGAAGAAGAGGGCGAUGCAGUUUGGGAGUCAUUCGGCGAGGAUGGACGGGGAGAGGAGGGGUGAUGCAGAUUUAGCAGACGUGUGA